GUACGGACAUUCGCUCGUGGAGGAGCCUGGUGGUUCCGAGGCUACAGAAGGCCUCGUCGGUCCAGCACCUCAGAUUCAUUCACCACCGCGGCCCGUCGCUGACGUACAGCCGGGUCAGAGGACUGCGGCGGAAAAACUGUCCGCCUACAGGGGUGGAUACUCGAUCAGCGGCGAUGACAGACGGGGCGGAUGAUCGUCGGCGUGUGGUGUGCGGUUUUGAUACUUUAACCAUUAUCCCAUUACAGAUCAAAUCACUGCAUUCCCUUGUUUCCAACAGUGACAAUCUUGAGCCCUUAGCGCCCGCGCAUGCGUCGUCGAAAGCCUACUGAUGUGACAGGGUAGUGUAAGUGGUAUACUUUUGUAAAGAACCAUGCUUCAUACAUCCCAUCCCUAUCUUCAAUCCUUCUGUUUACACCAUCCCUAUUUAUGGCAUGCAGGUGGUGGGUUGUUCAAUGGUAGCUGCAAUCCCACACAAAAACUAGAGAAGGCCUGCAACAGAGACAGCCAGUUACCUACAUUGUGCCUGCUUCAACUACUCCCAAGACUUAACAAAAAUCAACAACAGGCUGAGGAACCCUUUUUCAGCCUACACAGGUGGUCAUGUUUUUCCAUUGCACCAAACGUGUUGCCAUUGGGCGGCUUUAGAGCCACACGUGUUUUGAAUAUUUGUAAUAACUUUCAAUACACACAAUUCCCAGAGAAAGCAUUUGAAAACAAUUCUAUACACAGUUUGUUCCCAAAUCAGUGAGAGAGGAUCGUGCAGGUGUAUAGUAAAUCACAGUGAAGUUUUUGACACAUGGCGUCAUUAGUCAGGCAUGCCAUAGGCCGAAUGGCAUCAAAUGCUUCUUCCACCAGUAGUAGUAGUAGAUCCAGGAAAAGCUCCAGCAGCUGGGGCAGGAGGAGACCAAGAGAUUCCCUGGAGAAAAUCAGAGAGAGGAAGGACAGCGUUCCUCACGUGUCUUGUCAACCUCUGCCCCAAAUACGAAACUUCUCAGUCCAAGACAGCGACGGCACAGAUGAUGAUGAACAGACUCUUUCUCUGCCAGUUCUGCGUCCUCCCAUCAACCGUAAUGUAGUCUGUGAGAGAUAUCCAAAGGGAAAGGCUUCGUUGCUCGUGUUUCUGUUGAAUGUCAUUGUCAUAUAUGCUUACGGAGCAGCCAUUACUGGUAUUGUGGAUAUAUUCCAAAAGGAGAACAAUGAAGCCAAUGGCAAAAAGCUUCCAAUAGAUAAUACUUCACUCCAUUUCAUCAAGCUUCUCUUUGAGUACUGCAUUAGUCGGAUCUCUUUCCCAGUAACUGGGUUUAUAGCCGAUGUCUACAUUGGAAGGUGGCGAAUGAUCUAUCUCUCGCUCUUUCUCCUGCUCACUGGUUACGUCAUCAUAGCUGUGGGCUUUACUGUGGAAGGGCAGAGUAGUGUUGACACCCCCUUGUUGUUGAAAAAUUUCAUCAAUGGAAUUGGCUUUUUGUUUCUCUGCGUUGGUGGAGGGGCGUUCGAAGCUACUAUCAUCCCAUUCGGUGUUGACCAGCUCCAGGGAGCGUCGUCUGCUGAAAUCAGCUCCUACUUCUACUCCUUUUACUUCAGUCGAAACCUUGGAAUGGGAAGUGGGCUGGUUGUAUCUGCAAUUCUCUCGUACGCGGGUAAUACACUGAUUGACAUACAGGAGAUACCUAAAGAGUUAGAGCAACUGUACAGGGUAGUUCAGCCACUGGUCACGACAGUCACACUGACUGUUGGACUCAUUCUCAUGAUCUGUUUCCACCACUGGUUCUUCAAGAACACUCUGUGGGAGAACCCAGUCAAACUUAUUGCCAGGGUCCUCUGCUAUGCUGCCACAGUCAAACGCCACCUCCCAGUCCGCAACAGAGCCUUCAGGUAUGGAGAAGAGAGGAAGAGGAGAAUUGAGUUGGCAAAAAUGACAUACGACGGCAAGUUUCCUGACGAGAAAGUUGAGGAUGUGAAGGCUUUCUGCCGCAUUCUUCUCAUACUACUCACACUCACACCUGCCAUGUUCUCCAUUAACGGAUUUGAUGUUCUCUUAUCACAAGAAACUAACCAAACGUUGGUGAAGCUGUAUAAUUCGUCGUACGUGGAAACUGACCUCUUCCAAAACCUCUACUGGGGAGUGAACAUAACUGCUAUCCUGUUCACUCUGCCUGUGGUGAAUUUCCUAGUCAUCCCGUGUUUCCCAAAGCUCACAAUUAGAUCACGGAUCGGAAUUGGUUGUGUCCUGUAUUGUAUUGCAGGUCUGUGUCUUGUGGUAAUUCAUGCAGCUCCACUUGUCAACGGUAGCCAAAACAGUGAAGUCUCAGGUACUCAACUUGCUUUUGUCCUCAUUCCUGCAUUGAUCAUUGCCGUAGCAGAAGUUUUAACUACUGUCUCAGUGUUAGAGUUCAUAUAUGCCCAGUCUCCAGAGAGUAUGAAAGGGCUAUUAACCGGACUAUAUUUCCUAUUCUUCGGGCUCUCCUCCAUCCCUGCUACAGCUCUCUACUACCUCUUUAAGGAUACCAAGGAAAACAGGGUUCUCCUCGCCUUUCAUGCAGUGUUCACCAUCCUAAUGGUGGUAGGUACAGUGUUCUACGUGGUGGCUGCAGCUCUUCACAGAAACAGACAGAGACACGAUGAGGACAGCCUGCAGGAGAGACUUAUCAUUGAGAACCAGCUACACAGCACAAUUACUGCAUAACUCAAUCCCUUAGUUUGCGCAAACACAGCAAUUGUUCCCUAAGAGCAGCAAUUUGUUUCAAAGGAUGGUAGUGUUGUUUAUAGCAAGAUACUGAAAAUAGCAAAGCAAGACGGAAAAGUAUAAACCCUUGACGCAAAACAAACUCGUCUAACAUAGUGCGCACAUAAAGAAGGCAUAAACCAUGUAAUUGUUAUCGAUGUCUGGGUCCUUUUUUGUACUCUGUUUCUCACGUUGUCUCUGUCUUAUGGUUUUUGUUUUUCUAUUGGCCUUAUCCUGUCUGCCCUGUUCUCUCUCAAGGUGGUGGACAGAGCCAGUUUCUUGCUCUAAAACUGGCUAUCUCUACCUGUGGCAACGCUUGACUGUAAACAAGUAUACAAGUAUACAUGCUUCUGGGCGGGAUGUACGCACGAAGGCCCAUGCUCAAAUGCUGAGAGUAGUUAUAAUUGUACAUGUACAUACAUAUUAAUACCCAGACACAUGCAUAGAAAAUAUCUUCCUAAAAAUUCCCAUCAUGGAAUAUUCUCAGUUUCCACAGGCUAGCCCAGCAUCACCCUUUUAUGCUUCAGUGAAAAGCCAACCAUUCUAGCAUUGUAACAAGUAGCUAG